AAAACAGAAUACCACUAAUCAAUAUUUUCAAGCUUCCGCUAUGAAGUGCUUAGGGUUUGCUUACCCUUUGAAACAGGUUUUUUAUUUUUGAAAAAGUCUUUCUGUCAAAUCAAUUCAAGCACUUUCUCUCUCCCAGCUUGAAGUUGUAGAGCAGCAAUUAUCGCAGGCAGAAAGUUUCUCCUCUCCUCUCCUCUCCAGAAGGUGCACAGACUGGUAUGUUAGUCUGGAACUCGUAUUUUUUUGUGAGAUUCGAUCAUGUUGUGGUUUGAUCACCUUUUGUUUCACCCAGCCCUUCUCACUUUUAUCUGAAUGACUUGAAAAAGAAUCAUGGAGACCUCUUAUGUGUAACUUUGACGUGUCACCGUGAUUUAGCUCAAAUCAGUGUGAUUCUCUCCUUAAAUUAUUCAAUUAUCUACAAACUAAAAUUUUUAUUUCUGUUAUGAGGUUCUUAAAUGUGACCUUUGUAAUGAAGCCUCUUCAUGCUUAAACUUGCACUUCUAUUCCAGGACAGUGGUCGCAUGACCUUCCUAAGCUACAUUGCUGUCAUUCAGAAAUCUCUUUUACCUUUCUCUGUUACUACUGCUAAUUUUAUCAUAAAUCCUUUAGUGGAAGUCUUUCACAUUGCAACCACUUUGAACUCCUUUUGGCCUUUCAUUUUAUUUCCUCCUUUCAAUAUGUGUAUACAUCCCAUGAAUUCUUGUGGCCUCUGUACCCUAUUCACAGUUGCCUUGCAAGCUUGUGUACUUAGAUAUAUAAGAUGCCAAGUACAAAGGGAAAUGGAUCAGCAGCUGCUGAGCAAGCAGAGUCUGAAAAGCCAGUUGAGUAUGAUGAGAAGGUUGAUCUUGAUGAAGACUAUGAUCCUGAGGAAAUGAUGGAUGAAGAGGUUGAGUAUGAAGAAGUAGAGGAAAUAGUGGAAGAAGAAGUGGAAGAAGAGGAAAUAAUAGAAGAGGAGGAAGAAGUAGAGGUGGAGGAAGAGGAUGACAAUGAUACUAGAAAUGCUAAUGCAGGUGACGAGACAAAGGUUGAAGAUGAGGAUGAGAAGAAAAAAUACGACGAGCUCCUUGCCCGCCCUCCUCAUGGUUCUGAAGUAUAUAUUGGUGGCAUUCCAAAUGAUGCUUCCGAGGAGGACUUGAGGGAUUUUUGCGAGACUGUUGGAGAAGUUACAGAGGUUCGAAUUAUGAGAGAAAAAGAUUCAAGUGAGAACAGGGGCUUUGCAUUUGUGACCUUUAGAAGUGUUGAUUUGGCUUCUAUGGCAAUUGGUGAGCUGAAUAAUACUGAAUUCAAGGGUAAAAAAAUCAAAUGCUCAACAUCUCAGGCGAAGCACCGGUUGUUCCUUAGCAACAUUCCUAGAAGUUGGGGAGAGGAUGGUCUGAGGAAGAUUGUGGCUGAGGUGGGGCCUGGAGUUACCAACGUGCAGUUGGUGAAGGAGAAGAGCUCAAGCAAUAACAGGGGCUAUGCUUUUAUUGAGUACUACAAUAAUGCUUGUGCUGAGUAUUCAAGGCAGAAGAUGAUGGAUCCAAAAUUUAAGCUGGGUGAUAAUGCCCCAGCUGUGAGCUGGGCUGACCCUAAAAAUGCUGACUCUUCUGCUUCUUCACAGGUUAAGGCACUAUAUGUGAAAAAUUUACCAAAGACGGUAACCCAAGAUCAGUUGAAAAAGCUAUUUGAACGACAUGGAAAAAUCACCAAAGUGGUUUUGCCGCCAGCAAAAUCUGGACAGGAGAAAAAUAGAAUUGGUUUUGUGCAUUUUGCUGAGAGGUCUAGUGCCAUGAAAGCAUUGAAGGAUACUGAAAAAUAUGAACUAGAUGGCCAGCUUGUGGAGUGUGCUCUUGCAAAACCUCAGUCAGAGCAGAAGGCUGCUGGAGGCUCAAACUUGCAGAAUACAGGUUUGUUACCAGGUUACCCACCUAGUGUUGGUUAUGGUAUGAUGGGGAAUGCCUAUGGUGCUCUUGGAGCAGGAUAUGUUACAGCAGGCUUUGCACAGCAGCCAUUGAUCUACGGUAGUGGACCAUCCCCUGCUGGCAUGGCAAUGAUGCCAAUGCUUCUACCUGAUGGGCAGUUCGGAUAUGUGCUGCAACAGCCAGGAGUACAGCUGCACCCACCAACUUCAUAUCAAAGAAAUGAUAGCAGGAGUGGAAGUGGGCGAGGCAACAAAAUGGGUGGCAGUUCAAACAGGGGUAGACAUAGCAAUGACUCCGGCCAUGGCCAGAGAUUUCGUCCAUACUAAGUGCUUUUGCUGCGUGCUUGCAGUCAUAGAUGAAGAAAGUGCUUCUCGUCAUUGUCCGUUUUUUUUUCUUUGUUUUAUUAUCGUAGUGUAAUGGAGCUGAUUUUUGGAAACUUUUACGCUUGUAUCUAUAUUGAUUAUUUCAUUACAUUUGUUCUUUGUGA